AUGCACGGACUAGUCUAUGAAAUUUUCGAAGCCUGGGUGAUACACAACCAUGAUAUUGACACAUGGCAUGCCAUUAAGGCUCGAGCAGGAUGCGAGGUUGCUGACAACGCAUUUGUCACAAGAACUUACUACCGAUACGAGACAUGGAAGGAUCUUGUGGAAGCUGCUUCCCAAGAGUUGAAUAUUACAUCAACUGAUAUACUCGAGUCAUAUGGCCGAUACAACAUUCAGUAUCAUUUUGAUAAUGGCUAUGGUGCCCUUUUGAAGUGUCAAGGUUCCACUCUACGUCAGUGGUUGUCUAAUCUGAAUGCUAUGCACGAUCACAUUCAAAGAAGCUUUCCUGGAGACAACUACUGUCCUCCAGUCUUUUGGUGCGAAGAUUGCGACUGGGUGGAAGGGUCCAUCUUGUUGCACUAUACAAGCAAGCGAGGGAACCUCUUGGUUCCUUGGGUUGUUGGAAUUGUUUCCGAAAUUGCCGACAGAUUCUUUGACGUCGAGAUAAGAAUGGAUCAGCAAGCUCUCCAGGACGAAGAUGGGGCUUCGUCUACUACUUGGCGCAUCACGGCUGUCGAUGCUGCCAAACAAUUCAAGUUAUCGCCAAGGCCUAUAGUCGAAAGCGAAGAAAACCAUGUCAGCUUGGACAGCGUUGUCACGCCCAAUGGGUGCCCCUUUUCUCGAAAAAAGGGUAUGGAAUCGAAUGUGAUUGGUAGGACAUCCUUCACUAACAGGUGUCCCUUCAGAGCGAAUCUGCAAAAUUCUCAAGAUGAGGAUAGUGUCAUGGAUGAUUCUGCGAAUAUCAAACCGGAAUCCUCUUUGUCUCUCACCACUCGUGACGAGGGACAAGUUGGGGGCAUCACUAUGAAGAAAAUGAGGGAGGUCUUUCCAUUUCAUGUCCUCGUCAACAGAGACUUCCAAGUGCUACAAACAGGCGACAUAUUACCAAGAGUAUUGGAAAGGCGUGCCGAAGAGAUCGUCGGUACUCACAUUGGAGAUGUUCUCGAAGUCACACGUCCCAAUAUGAACGGAAGCUGGAACUGGAAGACACUGAAGAAAGUAUCGGACCAACACUUCUUCGUGGUACCGGCUUCCAAGGGCAACCGAAGGCGCGUUGCCAUUGCCCAAAUUGAUAAUUUACAACACAAAGAUGCCAAUGAAGAAAAUGAUAUCAAAUUCAAGGCUGCCAUGAUUCAGCUCUCAAAGGACAAGAUCCUGUUCUCGCUCCUUCCCGAGGUCGGCAACGUUGCCGAGCUCGAGAAGAUGCGAUUGACGCUGUCGGAUUUGCCCCUGACUACUAGCCAACGCGAUGCCAUCUUCUUGGGCGAAUAUGUCACUCAAGAAGCCGGCAAGGCACACAAGUUGGACAAACUCAACCGCAAGCUCAAGUACGAACAACGUCUAUCCAACGCACUACUCUAUAGUAUCAUUCCCAAAGGGGUCGCUGAGGAACUCCGAAAGGGAAAAUCGGUGGAGCCAAAGUUCCAUAGUAAUGUCACAUUGUUCUUCUCCGAUAUCGUUGGCUUUACUCAGAUUUGUGAUCUGGUCGACCCUUGGGAUGUCAUCGAUAUGAUGAACCAGCUUUAUUCAGUGAUGGACCACCUUGUAAAGCAUUUUAAUCUGUACAAGGUUGAAACUGUCGGAGAUGCGUACAUGUGUUGCUCAGGGCUUCCGGAGCCAAGUGAGUACCACGCCGAGAAUGUUGCAAAUUUUGCGCUUGCCGUUUCACAUUGUGUGCAGCACAUCAAGUCUCCCGUGGACGGCGAACCAAUUCAACUACGCAUUGGUAUCCACACUGGAAGUUGUACAUCUGGGGUUGUUGGAACAAUGACGCCUCGUUAUUGCUUGUUUGGAGACAUGGUCAACACGACAGCUCGUCAUGAAUCCACUGCUAUUGCAGGAAAGAUCCACUGUUCCAGUGCCCUCUUCGGUCGACUGAAACACCUUGGCAAGGAGGAUGCACAACAGUUUAGCUUUACGCCAAGGGGCCUAGUGGAUAUGAAGGGGAAGGGAGAACACUAUACAUAUUGGCUCAACGGUGCGACUACAGACAAUCAUGAAGCAAACGCAGAGGCUUUAGAGUGCCUCAACGAGGAAACUGCAGCAAUGCUAUCUUCAAAGAAAUGGAAGAUGCGACGCUACUUUCGACGCGGAGGCCUGUUUCGAUUAGGUGGAGAAUCUGGUUCUCUGAGUGGUGGAUCCUCUGGUGGUGGGUCUUCAAGCGGUUUUGACGAGGCAUCAAGCUGCAGAAGCAGCGAAUCAUCUUUCGAUGACUUCAUGGAGAACUCAAGCGUAGACAGUAAUGAUAAGUUGCUCGAGGAUGACAUUGAGGAUGAUAUCGACAUGGAUAAUGUUGACGAUGGGUUUGGUGCAAUCAUAGAGUUUUCUCAAGAGCAGCUUUUCAGCUUGAACAGAAAUUGGGAUGAUCUCUGCUGGCAAACUUCCUUGUCCCAGCAGGAGUUAAUCUCCAAGGUGUACGAGACUCUGCUUUCUGCAUUAUCUGCUUGUGUUCAUAAGGAAGGAAAUAGAAUGGAGAUCAUGUCUGUACAACUCCGCGGCUAUGUUGAAUCUAUCGCUGAGCUUCACAGUGGUACCAAUGCAUUUCAUAAUUUUGCUCACUCUGCAGAAGUCUUCCUCAGGGCAGACUUCUUAUGGAACGAUCGGUCGGAAGAUGAGACAAAUCCGUUUGCGCUGGGGAAAGACCCUUGGGAUCGCUUUAUUCUGCUCUUCGCUGCAGUGAUUCACAACGUAAAUCACAGUGGCUUGAAAAAUGAACAAUUGAAGGCCAGCAACCACAUCAUUUUCCAAAAACACAAGAACAGAGGCUGUUACCAAGAGAGGUAUUCCUUUUCUUCCGCUUUCGAACUUCUCGAAGAAGAAUUUCCGGAUCUCUACGAAGAGAUUUCAUUUGGCUAUCCCACCUUCCGAAGCACCCUUCGCAAGUUGGUUCUAUCGUCGAAUAUCGAAUCUGCACAGUCGGUUCGCGAAAUCAUCAAGGCCAUAAGGGCAGUAAAUGAACCAAGUACCGAUUCACGAAGCUCUCGUGGGGCUAGUUUGGCAGCAAUUCUUGCAAUGGCAGAAAUCGGACACUAUAGCCAACGGUUUGAUCUCUUCUUGAGUUGGAAUCAUCGCGAAUUCCAAGAAGUCAUGCAGGCUUAUGACGAUGGACGGGCCGAUGAUCCUCGAGUUGGUUGGUACCACGAGCAGACUUUAUUCUUUGAUGAUGCUGUCGUUCCACUGGUCUCUGAGUUGGAAAGAAUCUUACCGCAAGCAUCAUAUCUUGCAGACAGUGCAGCUCGCAACAUGGCAACUUGGAGGAAGAGUGGUAAAGAAUGGCUUGCAGCGAGCCUUCUUCCUGCUGCAAAGGUGGACUCGGAAAACAAAAUUUCUAGUCUCGUCACUGCUAAUGUCCAAUUGCUCGAGAGACUCUUGUUUGAUGUUGUCAUGAGCCACACAGCGGCGGAAGACAAUUUCGACCAGAAAUCUUCGAUGGCUGGAACUCUGAGUACCCCGUUUGAUGAAAUCAAGAUGGUGAUCGAGAUGCAAAAGAAAAUCGAAGGAGUUCAGAAAGCGAAGGAGGGUAUCUCGAGACCCGAUUUAUCACCUGUGGUUCUGUCAGAGCUUCGCAACUUGGUUGCCAUGAUAGCUUCUGGAUACCAGAAAAAUGGAUUUCACAAUUUCCUCCAUGCGAGUCAUGUAGCUCAUUUGGCAAAUCUUCUUCUUUCCAGUGCCAGCGAAAACGGCUUUGCAUGCGAUCCACUUGCUAGAUUUUCAAUCGUCCUCUCGGCUUUGGUUCACGAUGUGGGUCAUACGGGUGUGCCUAAUGGGCAACUUGCCGAAGAAAAACCUGAACUUGCAGAGAAGUUCUGCAACAAGAGCAUCGCUGAGCAAAACUCUAUCGUUAUUGCUUGGGAAAUAUUGAUGACUGAUAGCUUCCGAAAUUUGCACAAGUGUCUCUUUGAGUCAAAUAAUGAGCAAGGGCGCUUUCGUAAUCUUCUGGUCAACUGUGUCAUGGCUACUGACAUUUUCGACAGUGAUCUUCGAGCUCUGAGGAAAAAGCGCUGGGAGAAGAGUUUCCCGGAAGGUCCGUCAGAUUUCACAUGCCAAGACGAAGAGGCGAAUUGCCGAGCUACGAUUGUUAUGGAACACAUUAUGCAAACGUCUGACGUUGCUCACACUAUGCAAGAGUGGAAUCUCUAUCGCCUUUGGAAUGAAUGCCUUUUCUUUGAAAUGUACGACGCGUUCGCGGAAGGCCGAUCAGAUAAGGAUCCUUCAGAUGGUUGGUACAAGGGUGAACUCUGGUUCUUCGACAAUUGGGUGAUUCCUUUGGCCACCAACCUGAGUGAAUGUGGUGUACUGAACAUCGUCUGCCAACAACUCUUACGACAGGCGAAGAACAACCGUAUGAAGUGGAAGUUAGAAGGCGAAGAGCUCUGUCGCUCGAUGUUACAAAAGGCCACGAGACGAAGAAGACAUCGACGCAAUGAAGUCGGCUCGGUGCACUCUGGGAAAUCUGAUGUCAGCACAGUCACGCUAACAUCUCAAAUAGUCAACGACGUGGAAACACUAUCAAAGGUCAUGAAAAAGUACGAGAAAAAAAUGGAAGCUGCUUGUGGAAACUUGAUUGCUGUUGCGUACAAGGGCGCCCCUGGAGCGACCGAGCUCAAGAGCAAGUCUUCAAUGGAGAUUCGUGAACACUUCCGCAAACAAGACUGGUAUAAGAUAUACUCCGAUGAUGAGUUCAGUUUUGAUGGUGGCGAGCUCGGUUCUAUUAGAAGUACCACAGUGCGAAGCUCCAGAAGACCUGGCAAAUGCCAAGUGACUUGGGACGAGAAAUCGUCAAACAUACUGGAUCAUCUUGACUUCGCCGAGGCAAUUGUGAAUGGCGACGAUCCUGCGAGCUAG